CCGUCAGUUUUUCGUGUUGCCUCAAACGGCUGACCCUAACUUUCUGUCCUAUUUCUCUCUCUAGAACUCUCCAUCUCUCUCUCUUUCCAUUCCCUCACCUCUCUGCCGGUUGGUUUGUUCGUCGAUUUCUCGACCAUUGGUGCCGAGUCUUGCCGAAAUUAGAAAACUUGGUUAUGGCUUCUAGAGCUAUUCUGAGGAGGAGGAGGCUUGUUUCUGAUUAUCUGAAUGUCUCUGCUCGCUCGUUUCAAAGUUUUCAAAAUCUGGAUCAUGGUCAAUCUACUCGGUAUUUGGUUUCUCGUGGUUUGAGCUCUGAUGCUAAACAUGCUACUCAAGAUCGCAGAAAGGAUGGAAAUGCAGUUUUACAGGUUAAUGAGGAAUUACUUAACUUUUCGGCCUUGGGACUUUUUAGGCGUAGAUGUUAUGCAAUGACAGGAUCUCAUUAUGGGAAUGGAAGAUCAGAAUUUAUUUCCCCAAUGCCUGCCAGGGUGAUCCCGCAAUCUAUACGUUAUGCCUCCACGGCAACAGCAGGUAAACCUGAUUUGGGUAGUGAUGAUGAAGAAAAGGAAGAAUUGGUUGCUAAAAAAAGAAAAGAAGCAUCUCCGCAGGAAUGUGAUCAAGCUGUUGAAGGUCUGAGCACUGCGAAGGCCAAACUAAAAGCCAAAAAGUUACAAGAAUCUCAAAAGUUCGCUAAAUCAAUUUUACGAAGAGUAUGGGCCACUUUUUUAGGUAUUGGUCCUGCCUUGAGAGCUGUGGCCUCUAUGAGCAGGGAAGAUUGGGCCAAGAAACUCACUCACUGGAAGAAAGAAAUUGUAUCAACUUUGCAACAUUACUGGUUGGGUUUUAAGCUAUUGUGGGUUGAUGUGAGGAUCAGUUCAAGGUUGCUGCUAAAACUUGCUGGUGGGAAGAGUCUUUCUAGGAGAGAGAGGCAACAGCUAACACGAACCACAGCUGAUAUCUUCAGGCUAGUUCCUUUUGCAGUUUUUAUCAUUGUCCCAUUCAUGGAGUUCUUGCUGCCAGUAUUUCUGAAGUUAUUUCCCAACAUGUUGCCGUCAACCUUUCAAGACAAGAUGAAAGAGCAGGAAGCUCUGAAAAGGAAGCUACAUGCGAGAAUAGAAUAUGCAAAAUUUCUUCAGGAUACUGUCAAAGAGAUGGCGAAGGAAGUCCAAAACUCACGGAGCGGAGAAACUAAAAAGACAGCGGAAGAUCUUGAUGAAUUUUUGAACAGGGUUAGAACAGGUGCCGGUGUAUCCAAUGAGGAAAUCUUGGGCUUCGCCAAGUUGUUCAAUGAUGAACUUACGCUAGAUAAUAUCAGCAGGCCUCGAUUAGUGAAUAUGUGCAAGUAUAUGGGAAUCAGCCCAUUUGGAACAGAUGCAUAUCUGCGUUACAUGCUACGGAAAAGAUUGCGAUGGAUAAAGAAUGAUGAUAAAUUGAUUCAAGCGGAGGGUGUUGAGUCACUUUCGGAAGCUGAACUUCGUGAAGACUGUAGAGAGCGAGGCAUGCUUGGAUUACGUUCGGUGGAAGAAAUGCGCCUACAGCUCCGAGAUUGGUUGGAUUUAUCUCUCAAUCACUCUGUACCAUCUUCACUUAUGAUCCUUUCCAGAGCCUUCACUGUAGCUGGAAAAUUGAGGCCAGAAGAAGCUGUUAGAGCUACACUGUCUUCACUCCCUGAUGAGGUUGUGGAUACUGUUGGUGUCACAGCCUUACCAUCUGAAGAUUCUGUUUCAGAAAGGAGAAGGAAAUUGGAGUUCUAUGAAAUGCAGGAGGAACUCAUCAAGGAAGAGCAAGAAAAAGAAGAAGAAGAGCAAGCAAGGAUGAAGGAAACUGUUACUAGUCAAGAGGAUGUGGCAUUGAGUGAAAUGACCGAUCCAACAGCAAGAGACGCUCAAGAACAGGCUAGAGGAAGAACUCUAGAAAAACAAGAGCAGCUUUGUGAACUCAGUCGUGCACUGGCUGUCUUAGCUUCUGCAUCUUCAGUGAGUAGCGAGCGCGAAGAGUUCCUGGGGCUUGUGAAUAAGGAGAUAGAACUUUAUAAUAGCAUGGUAGAGAAAGAGGGUACCAAUGGUGAAGAAGAUGCCAUGAAGGCAUAUCGAGCUGCCCGUGAAGAAAGUGAUCAUGCUGCUGAAGAGGAUGUAGGCGAUGAUGUUUCAUCUGCGCUAAUAGAUAGAGUUGAUGCUAUGCUUCAAACUCUUGAAAAGGAAAUUGAUGAUGUGGAUGCCAAGAUUGGUGACGGUUGGCGACUACUUGACAGAGAUUAUGAUGGGAAAGUAACUCCUGAGGAGGUGGCAGCGGCAGCUAUGUACUUGAAGAACACUUUAGACAAGGAGGGAAUCCAAGAACUCAUUAGCAACCUUUCCAAAGAUAGAGAUGGGAAGAUUCUCGUUGAAGACAUUGUGAGAUUGGGCAGUCGAGCAGAAGACGGCAGUACAGCUGAUGCUGAUGAGGAAUAUAAAAAAUAGCAAUGAUCCGAUUUUGCCUGACACUGUCAUUCAUGCUGUAUGGGGUAGAAAGAUUCUUAUCACAAAUUGUUGAACUGUUAUAGUCAUUGGCAAUGUCCUUAUUUUACCUAGGUGGUCUCUCUCCAUGUCAGAUGGAAGAAGUUUUGAAAAACAAUUCAGCUAUCUGAUACAAGGGAUGUGAUAACUAGAGCUGUAAAAAUUAGUGCUUAAUAGGCAAAAACUAAACAAAAUGCAUACACAUGAGCCUUUUUGUUGGCCUCCUACUUGACUUGGGAAAUAUAUACCUUAAGCCCCAUUAAGAAAAAAGAUAGAGAGUAUAUUUUGAAGUA